CACAACUAACAAUCUUUCUUAAUAUCCACAAUUAUUCCACUUCUUCUUUGUUAUUAUCUUUUUCUUUUCUACUCUAUCAUCAUCAUAUUUAUAUUUAACUGGAACUUAUUUUAUUAAUCUCUUCCACCACUUCCAAUAUUUAAGCCUUCACCCAGAAAAUAAUAACAACUAUAUAUAUAUAUAUAUAUAUAAGAAAAAACACCAACUGAAUCUAUCUCUGCUUCUGUCUAUCACAGGAAACAAUGAAUAUUAUGUCCACCAACCAGUGCGGUUGGCCACUGAGAAUUCAGGAUCAUCUUGACAAAGGAACUAGUAUUAAUAAGGCACCAUUUUCAGGAUAUCAUUCUCCUUCCAAAGGAUUGGACUUCCCUAAUGUUGCUCAUAAAUGUCGCCGUAGUGCCAGAAGAUGUAGGCCAAUUUUUUCGAGUACAGUGAGUGACAGUAUGGAUCCAUAUGAUUCAGAUGAGAGUGACAAGAAAAAAUCUCAGAAUAAUGAUGAAACUAGAGGGGUGAAUAGUGAUAUGCUCAGGGAAAGUCUUGAGAAAAUAGUCGGUACGGAUGAUUCGAGGUUUAGUGGAUUUGACCUUGCUACUCUUAUUAGGAAAAAAUAUGGGAAGUCUUAUGAUGUUCAGUUGAUUAAGAAGGAAUUCAUGGGAAGAAAUCUCCUUGCUAUGAAUGUCAUGUGGAAGUACAUGGAGCAGAGAUCAUUUCCAUUGACUGAGGAAGAGUACAUUUUGAGGCUUGAUGAUGUUGCAAACUCAUUAAAAUGCUGGGGAGCCGUCUCACAUAUUCGGAGCAGCCUAGCAAAGUCGAAAGAACGGCCUCGAAUAGGGAAGGCUGUAAGCAUCUUUAUUGAUAUGGACGCGUCUGGUGCAAGAGCAAACGAGUGGAUAUACAAAUAGAUUGAACUGAAAGAACUUAAAAUUCAUCUCAAAGGUGGAGUCUGUAGCUAACAGAAUCACCCUUUUUUGUGAACUUAGGGAUUUAUUAUACAAUUAUACUUGGAUAGUAACAAAAUCUAUAGGAAUCUAAUGUUUCUGUUAGCAUCACUUUAAGGCAACUGUGCUUUUUCUUCUUCAUAUCCUCUGUGCUUGUUAGUUUCACAAUAUUGGUGUAAAUUUUAGCCAAUAUAAGAAAAGCAUUCAACCUCAUUAAAUUUCUA